CCACAAUCAACCAGUGAAUUACCCGGCGCGUGUCCGUCAGUCCAUUUCGUAGUGAAGUGUUUACAGCCGAUCCUACUAAUUAAGACCAGCAAUAUGCAGACCACCAAGACAAUGCAGUUAUUCGCCGUUUCAGUCACCCUUUUCGUUGUUGUGAAAGCGCAGUACGACUUCCACGGAUACGGAGGCGGCCAUCAUGAAGAGCACCACGAUGACCAUCACUACCACCAUCCAACCCCAUACGGAUUCGGCUACGGCGUUCAGGACCACCACAAAGGCCUGGACUUCAAGCAGCACGAGCACAGCGACGGGCACAAGGUGAACGGCGAGUACGCAGUCCUCCUCCCCGACGGCCGCUACCAGAUCGUCAAGUACGAGGCCGACUGGAAGAACGGCUACCACGCCGACGUCAAGUACUACGGUGAGGCCAAAUACCCCAGCCACUACAAGCACGAGGAAUACGGCCACGAUUACGGCCAUGGGCUCGGUGAGGCCACCGGCUCCGCGUACAACAACUUAGGCCAUGGACACGGGCACGGCCAUGACGAACUCUCCGGCGCCGGAAGUGGGAAGCAUUAUGUCAAAACACCCCAGCCCCAGCACUAAGGACCCUUAAAAAGCCUGUCCUAAAGACCCGUAUCUCUAAUAUCUGAAUGGGUGGCAGCGGGCUGAUAGUUGAAAUUUAUAGACAAAGCAAUAGAGAAAGGAGAUAUAGGCAGUAUGGAACGAUUCUAUUUGCUUAAUUUGGGUGGUUGUUAUAGACUAAGGGAGAAAAUUAUGGACUAACUGAAGGGUCCCGCGUGAGUUGCCGUUAGUUAGUCUAUUGCCUACCUCCUUUGUCUAUUGCUACCACCAUAUCAUUUCUGUCUUCUUUGUCUAUAGCUUUGUCUAUCAAUUUCAACAAUCAGCCCGUAGGUGGCUGUAAGUGUCUGAGAGCUUGUCAUUGAAGGAUCCAGCAAAUUGGAAACAUUGUCUUUCCUCCAUUUAAACCUAUGGAAAUGUAUCGAUUCUUGGAGGGGCCAGGUGCUCCGACAAGAAUCGAUUAUUUAGCAUAGGUUAAAAUGGAGAAAAUCUGGUGUCGCCAAAUUGCUGAGAGGAAAGCUCUGAAGCUUGUUCGGCACCCCUGUCAGUAGUUCUGAACGUCUCCGGUUUUAUUGAAAAACAAUUUAUGAUAUCUGGUGUUAUCUUCAGCUCCUAUGAAUUUUUUCUCCUUUAUGAAAAAGUAUAUCAAAUAGGUCAACAGCGCUGUGGUCAAAAUUCACUUAUAUCGUCGUCUCCGAACGAAGGAACGUAGCUCUACUCCAAGGUUGCAAAAUUGACUCAAGCAAUUCUAUAUUUUACAAAAAUUUACCUGUGCAAUUUUUGUCCAGAAUUUCACAAGACAAGAGAAAUAAUCAGGGAAGUUUUUAGUCAUAGGAAUGCCCAAGUUUCUCCUUGUAAAAAUACAAUUAACGGAAGGAAAUUUGGCAGCAUUGGAAUGUAGUACGUUCUUUCGUUAGGAAAACGAUAACAACUUGUGUAUUUCAUCAAGUAAAGCUCUUUUCGUCCGAGUAAAUGUAGGAUAAAUGUAGGCAAAAAAAUAUGUGAUUUGAAAUUCCCCUUUACCUUUAGCUGUUACUAUGCUUCCUUUCUUCAUUGAUUUUGUGAAGAAAUUAACCCGGUGCCUUAGACAAAUUUGAUGACAUGAUAUUCGGGCUAUAGUUGAAGCAUGUAAUAAAUUCGGAAAAAUUAUGAAUCAUAGGUUCAGAAAAUCGAAUAUUAUUGGAGAUACGGGUCUUAAAGGCCAAAUUGUUUUCGUCCCCCUAUUACCAAAGAUGAAUCAAAUGUUUGAGUAAAAUCAUCUCAGGGUUUGUUAUUGCCAGUGGCGUGUCGUGGUUUGCGAUUAAACUGCCAUUGAUCUGCCAUUUGAACCUAUGGAAAAGAAUCGAUUACCAGGGCGUACCCUAAUAAUCAAUUCUUUACCAUAGCUUUAAAUGGGAAAAUGUCCAUAGUCGAUGAUUAACGCCUCGCAACUGGUUUUACCUUCUGUUUUUCUUGUUAACUUUUGUUCAGCACAAUGGUUUGCUGACAACACAAAUAUGAAAUUUGAUUAAUUUGUGGCUCACUGUUUCACAACCAAACAAUUGUAUCAACAAAUCAAGCCCCGGUGCAAAAUUUUUCAGCUCAAUAUCAAGCACAUUAAACGUUGGUGAUAUAUUAAAUCACCCCAUCAAUGGUAUUGAGAAAGUUUCACAUUUUAGGACCAGACCGAUGAUAAUGCUCAUUCUCCUUUUAUUUUUAUAGUGUUGUUAUUUUGCAUGUUCCUCGACUUAUUGCAUUUAAUUUAAGUUUAAACUACGCGACAGCAAAAAGCAUUAAAUGUGAUGUUUUGUAUCUUCAAAGAUACAAGUGUAAAUCAGCUAGCGAUAUUGUUCUCGUUUUAGCUUAAAGAAAAUUGCAAAUGUGCGUCUGUGUAAAUAGAUUGUACUUUAAUUAUAGUUUGUACGUGAUCGGAUUAUUUGUAUAAAACUGUAUGAGUGAAAACUCAAAACAUAAAAUAUAAAAAUUAAAAAAAAUGA